AUGGCGUUAAACGUGUUGAGCUCGUGGGCUAACCCCUUGUUCGUGCCAUUUGGCGGCGAUAAUCGUGUGGUACGACUGGUGGCCAUACCUUCGGAAGCGCUCCGGGAUUAUCAGCCCGAGGAGUCCCAUCCCUUCGAGUCGGCCGUAAGGGUAGCCCAGGCGUCGGCGCCGAUGGAGGUGUCCGACGACGACUCGUAUGACGAGACGGCGCCCGCCGUUCGCGUUAUAGCCGCCCCUCAAGCCCAGGGACGUCAGCCCCGUAUGUUUAGGUUAGCCGAUACGGGCGCUCGCGAUUUGAGUGCAUUAGCAUCGCAUCACGACUUACAGACGGCCGCCACCGGACACGGAGGUUACGGCCCGUCCGGGUGGCUCGAUAUGGGCGCCUAUAGCAGCGGUUAUGGAGCUUUUGGAUGGUACGCCGACUACCCGGUUGGUGGUGGCAAAGGGUACGGACGUUAAGCCCACGGAAUUUCACAAACACUUGAUUCCGGAUUAAUAUGUUAUUUAUUGUUUCAAACAAAAAGUAUUUUUAUUUAUACCG